CAGCUUUUUCUUCAGCAGACUUUGGCUUGAACAGAUCAUCCACGUGUUGUAUGGACUUAAAUUUUCGUUUUUCUAAUCUCAUUGGAUCUGUUUAUCGCAAUGGUGACGUGAUUUUUUCACCGGAUGGCUAUUCUGUGAUCAGUCCUGUUGGAAACAAGGUUUCAGUAUUCGAUUUGAAAAAUAAUGUCUCGAGGACCCUAUCCUUUGACUGUAUGCACAAUAUAACGGCCUUAACUAUGAAUUACAAUGGAUCCCAUAUGAUAGUUGCCAAUGAAGGUGGACACGUUUUGUACAUAAAUACAAAUACUGAGACUGUCAUUUUCAAAUUCCGAGCCAAUCGCACCGUUAGGGCUGUGCAAUUUUCACCGGAUGGAAAUUUCAUCGCCAUAUGCCGCGAUAUGGAUUUGCAAAUCCAACAAAUUGCAAAGCAAUCCACUUCGAUGUUUUACCCUUUUUUUCUGCAUAAGACUUAUAAAUUGUCUUCGGAUACGUUGAACUGCGUGGACUGGUCGAGCGAUGGCUGCCUUGUUGUCGCUGGAGGAGACGACCACGUUGUACGUGUAGUUGGAUCUCGCGACUAUCGCAAUUUGUUUAUUCAUCCCUUAGCUGCACAUCAAGGAUCCAUAGUCACUUGCCAGUUCAUAAAUAAUAAUUAUGAUCUCAUCUCCGUGUGUAGUCGAGGAAUCGCAAAUGUUUGGAUAGCUUCUAUUCAACCUGGAGACCUAGUUGAAGGGACAUGGACAAAGCCCGAAGAAGACAUUGCGAGCGAAGACGAAUCAGUAACAAGGUUACAUUAUAACAAAGAAAAGCGUUACUCACUGCUUGAGUCUUCUGGUAGUGGUAAGACUGGAAUCGAUGUGACAGCGUGCCGAAUCCAUGUCAAAUCGAAUUUGUUGGUCACCGCUUUUUCUAAUGGCGUUUUUGUAUUACAUGAAGUGCCUUCGUUUUCCCUCAUCCAUAAUCUGAGAGUGUCAGACAUGCAGAUAAGCACCGUAGCCGUCAAUAAUACUGGAGAUUGGCUAGCUCUAGGAUGUGGAAAAGGAUCUGCGGCGCAAUUAGUUGUAUGGGAAUGGCAAUCGGAGACUUACGUAUUGAAGCAACAAGCUCAUUCUCAACGGAUACUUGCUGUACAGUACUCUCCUGAUGGCUCAUUACUUGCCACAGGCGCUGAGGAUGGCAAGAUCUUCAUCUGGAGUAUGGAAAAUGGCUCUCUGCUUGAUGUUCUGAGUGGACAUGAGUCUAAUGUUGCCAGUAUAAGCUUAUAUGGAAACACCUUAGCUAGUAUAUCAUGGGAUAGAACUUUGAAGAUGUGGAAUAUCGUUGAUUCUACGUGUGAGACCACAGAACUCGCACAAGAAGGACUGGCUGUUGCUUUUUCGCCAUGUGGGCAGUUGAUAGCUGCGCUGACUGUGGAUUCAAAUGUCACAAUAUACCACGCAAAGGACAUGGCUUUUGUCGGUACAAUAGACGCAAGGUUUGAUUUGGAUCCAGGACGAGGUCAGGCUGACACUAUAACCCGACAAAAUGCCGCCCAGAACAAAUCAUUUACUUGCAUGCAGUUUUCACCAGACAGUGCAUUGUUGCUGCUGGGUGGCGACUCAAAUAACUUCUGUUUGUACUCGGUUCCAGAUAGGAUGCUGAUGAAGAAAUUUACGAUUACGGCGAAUCGUAGCCUGGAUGGUGUCGUGCUAGACGUAAACCGGCGAAACUUUACGGAAUUUGGCAACAUGGCUCUUGUUGAUGAUUCUGAUUCGGAAACCGAACCUGAUGGCAAACGGGCCAUCAAGUUGCCGGGAUCAAAGCAUUUCGACCUUGGAGAAAGAAGUGCUCGCCCGCAAAUAGCCGUUUAUGCGUUAGCAUAUUGCCCCACAGGCCGUCGAUUUGCUGUUUGCAGUACAGAAGGUGUAGGAGUAUAUUCACUAGAUGCUGUAGGAGUAUUUGAUCCGUUCCAGUUAGAUAGCCAGACUACUCCAGAUAUGGUCAAAAACGCUAUCUCCAUGUGCGACUUCUCGACGGCACUUAUGGCCAGUUUGCGAUUAAAUGAUACGAAACUGAUACAGCAAACAAUGGAAAACACUCCUAUGGACCAAGUCGCACUUGUGGUUCAAGCCUUACCAGUCAUAUAUGCAGAAAAGCUGUUAAAAUGGAUGGCGGAUGGUCAAGUAGUAGCUAAUUCUCCACAUGUUCAUUUCUACAUGAUUUGGCUACGACACAUCUUGAAUAUUCAUGGUAUGCGAUUGAAAGGUAGAACAGAUAUGGCUAUACUUACCGGAAUACAGCAAAUAGUAGCACAUCAUACGCAGUUGAUAACAAAAUUGGCAGAUCAGAACAAGUUUGCUUUACGUUAUAUUCUGGCUGCUCGCAAGCGAAGCUCAAAACAAAAUGUGGAAGCCAUGGAAACUGAUUCUUAGUAAAUGGUAGAUGUUGCUGUAAAUACGGAAAAUGUUUAUCUUAGUUUGAGACUGUUGAAACAAUAUUUGUUACACAUCUUGUUGAUUGUUGAAAUUGUUGAAAUUGUUG